GCUAACUGCAUGAGGAAAUAGCUGAAUAAGCCGCGUCUCCCGCCAUUGAACGUCAUGAAUGAGCGCGACGGCGAGACUCGACACUGCAAAAAAUUUUUGACCAAAGCGACUGUUUCCGGAUACACGGAUCUAUAUAUGUUGAAUAUAUAACCGGAUAUACGCAACACAUACACUGCUUUAAACCUCUUGAACCGACCCGACUGGCCUUUUGGUUGGUGGCUGUCUGGCUUAUCUGCCUUUCACUUUUGCAGACGGGAGUCCGUCCCUGGCUUGCGAUACCCCUUUUCACGAAAGACCAAUAUUUCUAGGCAUUAUCGCCUUUAUAACGUUUAUACAUGGGAUUUUGAUCCUCCCUCUGUUUGUUUCGCUGUGAGGGACCAAGUUUCGGGUCGUGAUCGUCAAAAGGAGAGUGCUGCCCGUCCCUGGAUCCCGGCUUCUCUAAAUCUCACAACCGACUUGCACCUCCAGUUCUCUCGCAGCUACCCUAAGCUAUGUCGGAUAUUGACGCAGAAAUCUUGGCGCUUGCGGGAGGGGAUGAUUCCUCGGACGAGGAAACUACCGCUACCCAGCCAAAACGUGCCUCGCCCGGCCAACAAGGAGGGGAAGAGUCUGAGGAAGAGAGCGGCGAAGUUUCGAGAAGGAGAGGUGGAAAGCACUCUUCGCGCACUAAGAGGCCAAGAAACGCCAGAGACGAUGAUGAUGAUGCAGAACUCUCGUCCUCUUCCUCGCGAUCUCGCACCUCUCUGCGAUCCGCCUCCAUGUCUGAAUCCGACUCUGACGAUGUCUCUCCACCUUCCGAUGAUCAGGGCCCGAUUUUCCCUUAUGAAAAGCUCUUCUAUUCCGCCAAAGACAAGGCCGAGGUGAUGGCUUUGCCUGAAAUACAACGCGAGGAACUACUAUCCGAAAGAGCUCAGCAAGUUGACCGUCAUAAUCAAGAUCUCGCUCUCCGCCGUCUCCUCGCCUCUCGUGAACGGGAGGACGCUCGUGCGGCUGAGAAGAAGAAACGCAAAGCUGGAGCCACGGACAUGGAAGAGAGCCAGCGCAAAAGUUCACGGCAAAAGACUACCCUAGGAGGUCGCAAGGUUGGAGAAACUUCUGAUGCGAUCGAGGCGUACAAGCGCCAGCGCGAGGAGAAGGGUAAACGCGACGAGCAGCGUCGAAGGGAUGCUAGUUCGAGAAGAAAGGAUAGAGCUAGCGGUUCGCCAGAUGAGGGUCUUUGGGAUGGUGAUGCUAAUGGCGGGAGUGAUGUUGAAUGGGAUGAGGGACCACGUCGUCGAUCUCCGUCUUUGCCCCGGGAUGAUCCACCAGCUGAACUGAGAGAUAUUCAACGUGCCCGUGUUGGUCGCAGUAAUUUUGCGCAGGUUUGCUUCUAUCCCGGAUUCGACAGUGCUAUUGCCAACUGUUACGUUCGGGUUGUUAUUGGGGUCAAUAAGGAAACGCAGCAAAAUGAGUACCGACUCUGUUCUAUUAAAAGGUUCGCGGAGGGCAAGCCUUAUGCCAUGGAAGGGCCUAACGGUAGAAGUUUCAUCACUACUCAGUACGCAGUUCUUGCCCAUGGCAAGGCGGAGAGGGAGUUCCCUUUCAUCGCAUGUUCGGAUUCGCCAAUCACUGAUGCUGAAUUCAACCGCUACCGUCAAACCAUGGCAGUGGAAGAUUGCAAGAUGGCCACAAAGUCCAUGGUUGCUGGCAAGGUCGCGGAUAUCAACCGGCUCAUCAAUCACCAAUUUACAAAGGAGGAGCUAGAAGAAAAACUCCGUCGGCAGGGAACCAACGAUAACAAGAUGAAAGUUUUUGAACGUCUCCAGCUCGAGAAGCGCCGCCAGGAAGCGAUCGCAGCCGGUGACGAAGCAGCGGUUGCCCAGUGUGAUGCCGAACUACAACGUUUUACAGGGCCUAAGCUGGCCUUUGGUACAAGUCUAGUUAAGCCCCGCUCAACGGAAAAGACGCAACAGGAACGCUUGCAAGAACUGAACCGACGCAACCAGAAACUCAACGCUGAAAAUGUGCGGCGUGCACAGCUCGAGGAGCGGCGGCGCGAACGACUUGCCGCGGCUGCUGUGGCGCGUGGUGAAGCUGUCGCCAACCGUUUCGCGCGUGUGAAGACGAAGGCGAGAACCCAUUAUGACGUUCAUGGGAACCGGCUUGUUCCGAAGAGUGGAGAGGACGGAGGAACGAGCGAUAUGAGUCGUCCAGUUACACCCAUCACGGGUGCUAACACUCCUAAUGGCAAUAAAGCUAGCACACCUACACCUAAUGGUGCGAGCGCGACACCUUCUAGUACCAAGGGCGCGAGUGAUUCGAUGAAACCAGCGCGCAAGGGGGGAAUCCCUGUUAUCCGCCAUCGGCCCACGGAUGAUGAAAAUAUCGCCGCUUUGGAUUUCGAUAUUGAUAUUGAGAUUUAAACGAAUUUUUGUUACAUUGUGGGCUAGCUAAAGUUUUUCAUCUCUUUUGCGUGCGGCAGUGCCAAAGGGCAACAGUCGUUCUUCAAAUUCCCCCUUUUCUCUUACCUUACCUUCCACUGACAAGAGCAAGUCGAAACAAAGAGGGGCCAACUAUUUGGCGUUUUAGUUGACUAGUUCGGGGUUGCUAUUUUUGUUUGCUUCAAUCGGUUUUUAUAGGUUUCAUAUGGAUACAUAGCGGGUUGUUUCCGGUAUAUAAUUCCCCCCCCCCCCCCAUGUUUAAUGUUUCGCAACUAUCUGGCCAUUCUUACUUUUUUUCAUGGCGUCUGGUCCUAUGGAAUGGUUCUCUUUCUCUUUUCUGUUCCCAUUCUUCGUCUCGUUUCUCUCCCUCCCCAGCCCUAACUUACGUUCGCUUCUGCAUCCUGUGUUAAAUUUUACCUUUUUUUCUCUUCCUCCCCCCUUACAAGCCUUUGUAAAAAUCCUAGUUUUCGCAAGCUCUUGAUGUAUUUUAUUUAGCAUUGGUAAUGCUCAUCUUCAAUAGACUGUUGCCUUUGAUACUUUCUAUUAUCUUUUCUUUCUUUUUUAUACCCCUAUUUUUUUUGCCAGUCCCAUGCUUCUCGUCUCAAGACCCUACUGCUGUGUUCUCGCGUUCAUCCGUUCCCGGGUUUGGAGGAUAUUGGGAUGAUGGGGUUUUUUUGUCUCCAUUUUCCGGACUGAUAAGUGCUGUAGCCGGAAAGCGAUCCAGUAGAAGACAAGAAGGAGAUAGAAGAUGUAAAAAAGAAUGGAAAGAUGAAAUUACAAAAAGGGGAGAAGCUGCGAAAAUAGAUAUUUGAAGAGAGGGAGCGACGAGAAGUCUGUUUUCAGUGUUUUGUUCUAUUUUUCCUCUCCCUGCUCAAACAGUUUCCUUUCUUUGUAUUAGUGAGCCUCUUGUCUUAGUUUUUUUUUGCCCCUCCUAUCUCUAUUUUCGAGUGCAUGGACUAAUAAAUAUUGUUCUUCUGAGCUGACUGGGGUCU